CGUCGUAAAAAUAGUCCCUCCACCGCACUUUGCAGUAGGCUAGAAACAGUUUACGGCAGAAGGAACAUGGCGGAAGAUGAAAAAAUAUCGAACGCCCUGGAGCUUAGCAAGAGAUGGAAGGAGGCAGCAGACAGUGGCACAGCCAUCCUCUGCCAUUUGAUGGAGCAGGUGCCACAAGUCUACUGCUUGGAAGCAGAGCCACGGCCACAGGAAGAGGAACUACUGGCGCAGGAGCGACUGCUAUUGCCAUUGGAGUGUUUCCUGUUUGGGGAAGAGCCUCAUGUUGGCUUGGAGAAAAUACAGCAGAAAGGAGGGGCAGCUUCACAGCUGUGUGGCAGAGUCUUCAAGGAGGGAGAGACUGUCUACUCUUGCAGAGACUGUGCCAUAGAUCCCACUUGUGUGCUGUGUAUGGACUGUUUUCAGAACAGUGUACACAAAGGGCAUCGCUACAAGAUGCACGCCUCAUCAGGUGGUGGCUUCUGUGACUGUGGUGACCUUGAAGCCUGGAAGACUGGCCCCUGCUGUUCCAAACAUGACUCUGGGGCUUCUAUUCCCAUGGAAACGGUAGAGUGUGUGCUAGAGACAGAUCUACAACAGCGUGUUAAGCUGCUGUUCCAGGUCCUACUGCAUUACUGUACGGAUCUACUGGUAUGGGAAGAGAGCCAUGAGCUUUCCACAGAACUCCAGCCGAGGGUGAAGCAAAACAUGUUCUUCUGUGUGCUGUAUAAUGAUGAGCACCACUCCUACGAUCAUGUGAUCUACACGCUCCAGCGCUCCAUCAACUGUGACCACAAUGAGGCACAAGCACACACAGCUCUAAUUGAUAAGGAGGGGCGCAGAGCAGUGAAGAGGGGAACUCUAAGGACUUGCCAACAAGCCAAAGAUCUUAUUAGGUCAAACUCCGAGCACAUCUCGCUGCAGCCUCUCCGUGUGGAGAUCCUGCAUACAGCAGUUAUGGCCCACCAGAGUUUUGCCUUGAGACUUGGGGUCUGGUUCCAGCAGGUCAUUGGAUACUCUGUUGGUCUCAGGCAGGUGUUCUGUCAAGUUGCUCUACAGCCUUCAUCUGAUGGUGACAAGCCCAGUCCAAUCUGCCGGCUCAUGCUGCAUGAUUCUCGUCUCUACAAAGGUGCCCGAAAAAUCAUCCAUGAACUGAUCUUCAGUAGUCUCCUGAUGGAAACUGAAUACAAAAGGGAGUUUGCAAUAGAAUUCACAAAGUUGUAUCAGCAGCUUCAGAAAGACUUCAUAAGUGAUGAUCAUGAGAGAAAUAUAUCUAUCACAGCACUUUCUGUCCAGAUCUUCACAGUACCAACACUGGCCAGGCAGUUGAUAGAAGAUGGCAACGUGAUAACUGUGAUCAUAAACACAGUGAUGGAAAUGCUAAGGGAACAUCUGGACUCCAACCAACGAUUCCAUUUUCAAGGCUACAACUCUGACAAGUUCUUCCGAGUCCAGGUCAUCUUCCACGACCUAAGGUACAUCCUGAUCAGCAAGCCCUCUGUGUGGACAGACGAGCUGAGGACCCAUUUUCAUAAUGGUUUCAAAGUCUUUCUAGACCUCCUUAACUGCAUGCAGGGAAUGGAAGAGGUAAAGAGGCAGUUUGGGCAGCACAUUGAAGUAGAGCCAGAGUGGGAGGCUGGUUUCUCCAUUCAGAUUCAGUUGCACCACAUUUUGUCCAUGUUCCAGGAGUGGUGUAGUUCUGAUGAGAUGGUACUUCUCAUGGCAUUUAAAGAAUGCCACAGGGCCCUUAUGGGCUGCACCAAUCAGCCUUUCCACAGUGAACCAGUAGAUACAUACAUGUGUAAGCAUGUACUCAAUCACCGGCCCUAUAAGGUAUCUCAAGAGCCUGUCAGCAUCCACCUGCCCAUCUCUAGACUGUUAGCAGGUCUUUAUGUACAUUUGUGCAGGACUGGAGCCAUCAAACUUCUUCCUCAGUAUAUGGACGAAAGUUUAGACCUCACAUUCUUGGCUGAGCAUCCAUUGCGUUGUGUAGCGCUGGCAGCUCAGGUGUCAGCAGAGAUGUGGCGCAGAAAUGGGCUAUCUCUUGUCAGCCAGGUUUACUAUUAUCAAGAUGUGAAGUGCAGAGAAGAGAUGUAUGAUAAAGACAUAAUCAUUCUUCAGAUUGCUGCCUCCAAAAUGGACCCUAACCACUUUCUCAUGUUGAUUCUGUUGCGAUUUGAGCUCUUUGAUGUUUUUAAUGGGAACUCAAGCAAAGACCAGGAAAUCCUGAGACAAUGGAACAAACUGACAGAGGAGAUGCUGUAUCUUCUCAUUGUUAUCACUGGGGAGCGGUAUGUUCCAGGCAUCAGUAACGUGACAAGAGAGGAUGUUACAAUGAGGGAGGUGAUUCAUCUGCUGUGUAUCCAGCCUAUGGCGCAUAGCAGCCUCAUCAAGAACCUUCCAGAAAAUGAAAGCCAUGAGACUGGCCUGGAGACGGUUAUCCCAAAAGUUGCCACUUUCAAGAAACCGGGGGUAUCAGGGCAUGGACUGUAUGAGGUGAAAAAGGAAUGUCUACACGAGUUCAACCCCUUCUUCUAUCAUUACACCAAGUCUCAAUUCAGCAAGGCUGAAGACACACAGAAGAAGAGAAGAGUUCAGGAAGGAAAUGAUAAAGCGUUGAGACCCCCUGUACCUCCUGCAUUCACUGAAGCCUUUUCCACUGUGGUGUGUCUCCUAAGCUGUGAUGUGUUUAUCCAUGUGCUCAGACACAUCCUCCAGAGAGUUGUCGAGGACCAUGCCCCUCUCUGGACUGAAGCCAUGAUUCAAAGGGCCCUUCACCUCAUAGGUCAGGCGCUUGUGGAGGAGAAUUCCCAGUUGGAGGCUGCCAGUGUGGAGGAUGUGACCUUUAACUUCAGCCUGAAGGCUUGCAGAAUAGGAUCUGAGCAUGGCAAGUCCUUGUUUAAUUUCCUGACCAAAAUGAAAACACUACCAUCUUUGGAGGCACAGAAGGACAUGAUUGCAUGGACGUUGCAGAUGUUUGAAAUGGUUAAGUGCCUUCGUGAAAAUUCCAGCCCUGCACCCUCACAGAGUGUGGAGCAGUCAAGACUAGAGGAGAAUGUACAUGAUGAGGAGAAGACCGAGCGUAAGCGGAAGGCAGAGGCUGCUAAAAGACACCGGCAGAAGGUCAUGGCUCAGAUGUCUGCAAUGCAGAAGAACUUCAUAGAGUCGCACAAGAUGUUGUACGACAACAUGCCAGACAGUGGGAGUCAGGGGGACCCCACUACUGAACUCGCCUCUGCCGGUGAGAGUCCCAUGGAGCUGAGUGAGAGUCGUGUGGCUGUGGGCCCACAGCAAGGAAUGGGAAUAGCAGAGAGAGAGUCUCUGACCUGCAUUUUAUGCCAAGAGGAGCAGGAGGUUAUGGCUGGUGGUACCUCUAUGGUGCUGACUGCUUGUGUUCAGAGGUCUACUGUUCUUACCCAGAGCCAUGCUCACAGCUUGUACAUACCAGAUGGCUACUAUCCCCUGCUCAUGCCCCCUGGUUUAGUGGUUGGGACACACACAGGCAGCUGUGGACAUGUCAUGCAUGCAACCUGCUGGCAAAAGUACUUUGAAGCAGUUCAGAACACCACACGGAAUCGCCUACAUGCCGAGAUGAUUAUUGACCUGGAGAAUGGGGAAUAUCUUUGUCCCCUCUGCAAGUCGCUAUGCAACACGGUGAUCCCACUCAUUCCACUGGAGCCUGUCUCCCUCAACUACGAGAGUGCUGAGAUAGUUGGCCAGCUCCUUACUCUUCAGCGCUGGAUUCAAAUAAUCAUAGCUCGUAUCAAAGGACUCCAUGUUGCAGCACAGGAAGCUGAGGAAAGCAGUGAGAGUGCCACUGUGACUGAAUUGGGCACAUUUGGAGAGGAACAAGCUGAGUUUCGCUCCAUUCUCAGCUUUGGUGUGCAAGAGCCUCGCAAGUUCUCAGACAGCAUAUUGCAAAUGGUGCAGGUAUGUGCCACAACUGUUCAUCGGGUAGGCCUGCAGGUACCACCCAAUGAGCAGUGUCCACACGUACCUGUUAUGUCAUGGAACAGUUGUGCCUACACCAUCCAGGCAACAGAAAACAUGUUGGUGGAGGAGGGAAAGGCCCUAUUUGGCUCUUUACAGACCAGACAACUGGCAGGUUUGAAGGCUCUGGUUCAGUUUUCUGCAGCCCAGAGGCUAAGGAGUUCUCAGGCUGUUAUCCAGAAGCAUUUCACCAACAUGUUAACAGUCCUGCUGCCUGUUGCUAAUGUAGAGGAGUCACCGUCUAUUCUAGAAGUGGAUUUUUUCCACCUCUUGGUGGGUCUGGUUCUAUCAAUCCCUUCUUUGUAUCAGGAAGAGACCGUUGAUCUGCAACCUUCAUCCAUAAGCACUGCCUAUAACCACUUACAUCUGCUGCACUUGGUCACCAUGGCCCAUGUCCUGCAAAUUAUGUUGUCAUCACAAGACCCUUCUUUUGGGAUGGAGGGAGAUCAGGAAGAGGAGGCUGAAUCAGCAGCUGCUGUGUACUCAACUGUGGCCAAGUACACUGUAGGUUUAAGAACUGACAUUUCAGGCUGUUCUGUGGCGAACUCUGUGAGGAAAGGGGUCCUUCCCUUUCUACGUUGUGCUGCACUGUUCUUCAACUGUCUGACAGGAGUCCCCCCCCCUGAGGAACUUUUGGAUAAAGCAGCUUCUUCAGAGGUCCAAGCAGAGGCACUGUGCUGUUACCUUGCUCUGCCCUCUAACUUGUUCCAACUGUUUCAUAACCACUCGGACAUGCUUGACCCCCUGAUACAGAGAUGGUGUGUGAACCCAGCUAUUUUCAAAGCAUUAAAUGGUCAAUUGCCAACCAUCAGGUAUCCAAGGAAACGCAAUCGACUAAUCAAUCUUCCAGAGGAUUACAGUGUGCUGCUCAACCAGGCCAGCCACUUCAAGUGCCCUGUGUCAUCAGAUGAUGACCGAAAGCAUCCUACCCUGUGUCUCUUCUGUGGCGAUAUGCUGUGCUCUCAGAGCACCUGCUGUCAGAAGCAGCUGGAUGGGGAAUAUGUGGGUGCCUGCACCGCUCAUGCUGCAAUUUGUGGGGCUGGAGUGGGAUUAUUUCUUAGAGUGAGAGAAUGUGAGAUUGUUCUUAUGGCCAGUAAAACACGUGGAAGCACAUAUCCAGCCCCAUAUCUUGAUGAUUAUGGAGAGACAGAUCCCCAGCUUGGCCGUGGAAAUCCUCUACACUUGUGCCCUGAACGCUACAGGAAGCUACAUUAUCUAUGGUUGCAACACUGUAUCCCAGAAGAGAUUGCUCGGAGUCUGGAGGUGCUAAAUGUGAUGUUCGCCUUUGAGUGGCACACACUAUAAGAAUCAGCCAAAGGGUGACGGAAGGGCUCAAUGCUCUAUCUUGUGAAUACGAUGUAAACCUUUGAGAAAAGGGAGUGCAUAAACAAUUACAUUUUUAAGUGAAAAAGGAUGUUUGACUAUGUAUAAUAUUGUCUAAACCCACACUUAAUACUUAUCCAAAAUGACGAAAUAUAUUGUAGUUUUGUCUAGUUUCUGUGUUAAUUUAACAAUAAAAUUAUAGCAAUAUACAGUCAUUGUA